UUAUAGGUUAAGUGGCAAAAAUAUAAUAAGAAUAAAGGUCUAAAUCAUUUUGACUUCUUCAACUGAGACUUCUCUCGUCUUUCUUUAAAUAUUCAAAUUUGUCGCCCACUCUUUUCGUUAUGUUUAUAAUUCAAAACCUUGCCUCUCUCUCUGUCUCUUGUCGGAAAACUCAGAAGCUUCGAAAAUGAGGACAUGUACGAAAGAGGAGAAAGUCCUUUUGAUCUCUCAUCACAAUCAAGAUCAAGAAGACGAAGAUGGAGAAGCGUUGUCUCUAAGUGAUUUGCCGGUGAAUUCAUCUAACGAGAAAGUUGAGCUUCCGAAACAAACAAAGGCAGAGGAGGAGUUCGAAUUCGAAACCGGGUCAUCUUUUCGUCUCGGGUCGGAUUCGUGUGAGCCAGCUCCGGAGAUGAGUAUGGCGGACGAAUUAUUCUCCGAAGGGCUAAUCCUCCCGUUCCGUCACUCCGUCAGCUUAGACGCGGGCCUUCCCGGUUCGAACCGGUUAAUUUGCAGAUCCGAAUCGGUCGAUUUUCUAAGAACCGGAACCGGUUCUAACCGGAAAAUCAGAAACAAUUUCGUUGAUUACAGUCAACCGAGUCCACAGCCACAGAUCAGACGAUCAUCGAGCAUGACGGCGAGAGUGAAUUCAAUCAGAAACCAUAAAUCAUCUUCGAUUUGGGAUUUUCUCCGGCUAGGACUCGUACGUACGCCGGAGAUCGAACUUCGAACGGCGAAAGUAUCAGUGAGUCGAAACAGUAGCUGCAGUAGCACAAGCACGAGCUCGAAUUCGAAGAAAACAGAAUCGAGAUCGAGUAACCGUAGAAGAAGCUUUCUGUUCGGGGAUUGUAGGUGCUCGGCGGCGACGGAGACGAUCGUACCUGUGAAAGUCUGUGUCUCCGGCGAGACGGAGGAGAAACAGAGGAAGAAGAUGGCGAAGAAAGAGGAGAAAACGGCGGUUGCGCGGAAGAGAACGUUUGAGUGGUUAAAAGAGUUAUCACAGGUAGGGUUUGUCGUUGAUCAUGGAAGACGAAGCUUGGCUUGAUGAUCCCUCAAUCAAAGAAACUUCAUGUUUCUCUGUUUCACUUCUUGUCUUUUCUUCUUAAAUAUUUUAAUGUUUUUUCUCUGUUUAAUCAAUUUUUAGGUGAUUAAUUUUUGUAUGUUAGUGUUGAUUGCAAAUUAUACUUUAGUUUUCCAAAUAAUUUAUGUUUUUCUUUAAAAAAAAAUUAUUAUAUAUAACUAACAGUAAACAUG